AUCGGUGAUGACUUCUAUGUUCCAUGGAGCCGUUGUUCACUUCCAUGCAUCGAUGCCCGAGGUACACAGAUUACCGAAAAGGCCGGGUCACUCGGGAGGAAAAAAAACAAGCAAAACCUGAUGAUGGGAGUGACUGAAAUACACCACCUGCUUCGUUGUAUACCUUUCCCAACGUUACUGUACAUGGGCCAUGCAGCACAGCAGCGCCAGCGGCGGUAAAUUAAUCACGUUUAUCAUCGGAUGGUCACAGAUGCUGAACUUCCUCGAGUGAGGGAGGAAAAGAGGCUGAUCCUAAUUAGUGAGGAAGACAUGCUUAGAAGGGAGGUAAACUGUAUAGCCAUGUGCCAACUGUCUAAAUAGACAACUACUCUGUCUAUUCAAUUUCCAUUCUCUCAAGUCAUCCUGACUCGAGAAAGUCAAUCGAUACCACCUUAAGAUGCCAGCUGAAGCCGAGACUACUCUGCGCCAUGAACCAGGCAUUCCAAACUCCCCAUCAAAUCUUUCUGGUUUUCGAGGCUGAGCUCCCAAUUCGCGAAAAAGCUUUCUAGAACGCCACAUGCACAGUCAACUCGCCCGCGAUCACUUUGGAUAAACUUCAACGGGAUGGAAGUGGAUAAAGAGACGCGCUCAUAGCAGUUUAGGGAGCCUUUUCUCAUUCAAGCUUGUUCUUCACUUUGCCUCGUUUACGGGUGGCAAAAGCCAGGAGGCGGCGUCGCAACGUGCUUGUAUAACGGCCGGUCUUGGUCCGCAUCCUUCCGUGUUUCCUUAUUCAUGUCGUUAUCCUCACGCGGUCGUUAUGUCGGAAAGUGGCUCAUCUAUGUUUACGGUCAUUUACGGUCUAUUCAUUUCGCAAUCCGAUCAUCACCUUUCUCAAGAAAGCCCAUCCGCGUGUGCAUUAUCAGACAUACACUUUCUGCCGUCGAGAUUGGUUCACCUACCACUUGGACUUUUGGGUCUAUUCCAGGAGCCUGGUGGGGUUCUACGUGACUUGAAGAAUAAGAAGGCGAGGCAAGGGAAUUCGUUCGGCAAGUCAACCAGACAAACUAACAGAUUACGACCACGGCAUGCGGGACGAGCCGAAUAUGUGAAACUACGAACUAUGGACCUGUGGACGGGUGAACUAUGCUGUCGCGACGAGUCGAAUCCAUAUUCCGUGCCUUCGAACUCGGACUCUUUCUUCUAUGCGUCUGGAUCAGUUCAUCUGUGUUCUCUCCUGACUGGUAUUCGUGCCUUUUUACAAAUAGGGAUACGACGUGCGGCGUCCCCGCGUCGCACUUGUGGUAUUCGAGAUGUACAACCCAAAGCCGCCCUGUUGACGCGUUUCUUUCGUGAUUGA